UCUGGUUCGUUCGUAUGACACUGAAUCUGUGCCACCCGCUCAACAUUUCAUCAGAGUUAAAUAAAGUCAAGAGUACAGAGCUUUAAGAAAAUGAAGAUUGCUUCAUUCAAUGCACAGAGGUUUGGACUGACUAAGGUCUCAGAUCCAGCGGUCCUGACAAGCCUGGUUAAGAUUGUGUCUCAAUAUGACAUCAUAGUUAUUCUGGAGGUGGUGGAUGUAACUGGAGAUUCUGUUAGAGUGUUAGUGGAAGAGCUGAACAGGGUCAACACCACCCAUCACUAUGCUCAGCAGCUCAGUACCCGUCUGGGAAGGAGCAGAUACAACGAACAGUUCCUGUUUCUGUACAGGGACGAUGUGGUCGACCUUAUCGACUGCUAUCAGUAUGAAGAUGACCAGGUCGAUGAUGUGGAUGCGUUUACAAGAGAGCCCUAUAUUCUCUACUUUAAACCUCACAACACAGUGCUGAGGGAUAUAGUGCUGAUCCCCGUCCGGACCGCACCAAAUGACUCUAAGAAAGAGCUUGAUGAGCUCUAUGAUGUCUUCCUGGUGGUCAAAGAAAAAUGGAAAACUGAUAAUGUAAUGAUCCUGGGAGACUUCAGGGCAGAUGGCUGGUAUCUCUCAUCCAAGGAAAGGGAGGAGAGCCGCAUCCGCAGUGACAAGAACUUUCACUGGCUGAUUGGUGAUAACGUGGACACCAUGGCAAAAACAAGCGAUCAUCACGCUUAUGACAGGAUAGUUGUGUAUGGAGAAGAUAUGCUGGCAGCUAUUGUGCCAAACUCAGCUAAACCAUUCAACUUUCACAAGGAGUUUCAAAUGACAGAAGAAAUGGCCCUUAGGGUGAGUGAUCACUACCCUGUUGAGGUGGAAUUAGUCAGUGCUAUUCCCUGUUGGGUGAAAAAGAGCAACAACGGAUGCGCAGUUGUUGACACCCAGCAAGGAUCCAGCAGAACUGUGACAGGUAACGAGCAAAACACUAAUUUACUUUGUCUUGUUCCUGAUAGAUGCGUUAAAAGCUGGGAUACAGCCCAGCUCAGAAAACUAGAUGGAAAAUUUACAGAAAGGAAGAAAGCAGUGAUUUCCAAAUGCAUUUUAACUUGUAUUUUAUGGCAAACAGGCAGUGGACAUUAAAUGUUUUUUAUUUUGUUUGUUUGUUUUUGUUCCCCAGUGAAAUUCACUUUAUGCAUUCAUAUCUACCAUUCAAACUUACACUGCAUUUCCAAACAAGUUAGCAUGAGGGUAAAUUACAUAAUAUCUAACUGCUGAUAUACCAAACCGCUGAUAAAACAUGAGGAAAACUGUGAAGUCUCUUAAAACAGUGCUCCUUAAUGAAAGAACAGGAAGUGUUUUGGACUGUUCGCUAGGGUCUGUAAAAUAAUUAAAAGUUUUACCAGUAUACUGAAAAGCAAAACGAGAUUUUGGAGCAAACUACCGACGUACUCCCUUCAAGAAUAUAUGGUCUGUGCAUAUUUCAAGACAAUGCAAACUGCGUUUUGCAUGAAUCACAAAGGCAUGGCUGCAUAAAAGGCAUGGCUGGGUAAAAAGAGGGCGUGGGCACCUGCCUGCCUCCCGUCAACACUUCUAUUCAAUAGAGAAGGUAUGUUUGCAGGGAGAAUGAAAACAACUGAAUCACUGGAUCUCUUGGUGUUUUUGACGCUUAAAUGUCAUUUAGCGUUGUGAAAAAGAGUGGCUAUAAUAAAGAAUAGUCACAUAUACUCGCCUGUCCAAGUAUUUGCAUUGUUGCAUGUAUCAGAAUCAGUCAUAUCUGUGUGAUGAAACAUUCUCAAUGCAAUACAGGCCAAAGGUCAUUUGCAAAUCACUGCUUUCAGUUGGAAUUUAAAAUUACGCCCCACAUUUGUUGUGAUUAGAUGUUAUUCUUGUUUUGAUGUUUUAGUGCAGUGUAGCCUCUAUGAAGGAAUUUUGGAAUUUGGGAGUGUCAUUUUUGAGUUCAGUUUUCAUUUUUCAUUUUUGAACUGAGUGUCAUGAAUUCAGUGGUUUCAGACAUACAUCUGCUUUAAAGAUUUUGUAACUGAUCUAUACAUUUGGGGUGAGAAAAGGAAAUCUUACAUCAAAGUUUAAAAGGAUGGGGCUUUGGGACAUCUUUACUUUUCUUAUUGUAUAUAAAUAACAGCAAUAAUGAACUGAUUUUACUAACACUUAGAAUCUUUUGGUCCAAAGCCCGAGUUCAGCUUUGUGUCAUAGAGCUUUUGUUUUUUGUUAUUUUACCUAAUAAAGCUUAACUUGUAUUUACAGACUGGUCUAUAGCUGGACCAACUAUGAUGUUUGAAAUUAAUUUGAGCUGUCUGAGCAACAACCUUUACCAAAACUGGUGCACACGAUCUUUAAACUGGGUCUUAGUCUUUCUAAGUUUUGUCACAGCAAAUUAAAAUUGGAGUUGAGUUAAUAUCUCAACAACCUUUUGAUCUGUGAUCAAAAACAAACUGGUUACAUGGACCACAGACUGUAUUACAAAACUGGAUUUUAUCUUUUCCAGGUAACCUCAGGGUUAACCCUGGGUUUUCUGUAGUGUGAAGGUGGUUCAUUUGUUAUCUCUGUAAAUCGCCAUAGUAACAUAACCUGCUCCAGAGCAGAUUAUGUUCCAGAUUAGAGAUCAGCGAGUAGGAAAUCAGCGCCUACUGACCAAUCGGUUCUCUGAAAAAAAGUAUUGCCAUUCCUGGAAAAUCCCUCAGAAAUCUGUGUGCGAAGUUUUCCAGUAGCGUCUAAUGUCUUCGUGUUUCCCUGAUGAUCAGUAAGAAAAGAGGCAACUUUAUUCUUAGAUAUUUUUUUUGCUGACUGUGAACAAACAGUUUACAACAGUUUUAUUGUUCGAUAAGCCUCAGCACGCAAUCCUAAAACAGAUAACCUGAUUGUAUUUUCUGACUUUCCAUUCAAUUUGCAUAGAGAGUAAUUUUGAAUGCAGUUUUCACAUCUUCAGGAUAUUUGAUUAUAAUCGUUCAGAUUCUCCUCUGUCUUAAAGAUAGGCCUGAGUCUGUUCACUUGCACAGUUAGCCAGGUUUCUUUCCAGGCUUUGCAAAGUGCAUUUAUUCAGUGUUGUUAAAAGUAAACAACUUUAGUGUAAUUUUCAUCUUACUGUUAAUCAUAGUGAGAACAGGAAGUGAGAAAGAAACUCAGAACCUUCAAUCUACUGCACGAACACACACACACAAGCAUCUUUCUGUUAAAGUGUGUUUAGUGUUUUUUCUCCUCCCAGAGAGUGCACAGGUUGACAUGUUGAACCUGCAAAAGGAAAAUCUCCUGCUGGAGAAAGAAAAACUUCAACUUAUCAUCUGCAUAUUAAAACAAAAGCUUGCCAAAUACCAGA